AUGGCGGGGCUCUGGGCAGGGACGGUGGCUCUGGUGGCGGCGGGGCGACGCGGGCGGCGGCCCCCUCAGCACGUGAUGCGGAGCGCCGUGCUGUGGACCCGGAAGCAUGCUCUGCGCUGUUCACCACAGUGCCUACUGGUGUCCCGUAGUCUCAGCUCCGUGGGAUAUGAUCCGAAUGAAAAAACUUUUGAUAAAAUUCUUAUUGCUAAUAGAGGAGAAAUUGCAUGUCGGGUUAUUAAAACCUGCAAGAAGAUGGGCAUUAAGACAGUUGCCAUCCACAGUGAAGUUGAUGCUAGUUCCGUUCACGUGAAAAUGGCGGACGAGGCUGUCUGUGUUGGCCCAGCUCCCACCAGUAAAAGCUACCUCAACAUGGAUGCUAUCAUGGAAGCCAUUAGGAGAACCAGGGCCCAAGCUGUACAUCCAGGCUAUGGAUUUCUUUCUGAAAACAAAGACUUUGCCAGGUGCUUGGCAGCAGAAGAUGUAACUUUCAUUGGGCCUGAUACACAUGCUAUUCAAGUCAUGGGUGACAAGAUUGAAAGCAAAUUAUUAGCUAAGAAUGCAAAGGUUAACACAAUCCCUGGCUUUGAUGGGGUAGUAAAGGAUGCAGAUGAAGCUGUCAGAAUUGCAAGGGAAAUUGGCUACCCUGUCAUGAUCAAGGCCUCAGCAGGUGGUGGUGGGAAAGGCAUGCGCAUCGCUUGGGAUGAUGAAGAGACCAGGGAUGGUUUUAGGUUUUCAUCUCAAGAAGCAGCUUCUAGUUUUGGUGAUGAUAGACUACUGAUAGAAAAAUUUAUUGAUAAUCCUCGACAUAUAGAAAUCCAGGUUUUAGGUGACAAACAUGGAAAUGCACUGUGGCUUAAUGAAAGAGAGUGCUCAAUUCAGAGACGAAAUCAGAAGGUGGUAGAGGAAGCACCAAGCAUCUUUUUGGAUCCUGACACUCGAAGAGCCAUGGGCGAGCAAGCUGUGGCUCUUGCCAGAGCGGUGCAGUACUCCUCGGCUGGGACUGUGGAGUUCCUCGUGGACUCCAAGAAGAACUUCUACUUCUUGGAAAUGAAUACGAGACUCCAGGUUGAGCAUCCUGUCACAGAAUGCAUCACUGGCCUGGACUUAGUCCAAGAAAUGAUUCGUGUUGCUAAGGGUUACCCUCUCAGGCACAAGCAAGCGGAUAUCCCCCUCAAUGGCUGGGCGGUUGAAUGUCGUGUUUAUGCUGAGGACCCCUACAAGUCCUUUGGCUUACCAUCUAUUGGGAGAUUGUCUCAGUACCAAGAACCAACACAUCUACCUGGUGUUCGGGUUGACAGUGGUAUCCAGCCGGGAAGUGAUAUCAGCAUUUAUUAUGACCCUAUGAUCUCAAAACUAGUCACAUACGGUUCCGACAGAGCUGAAGCACUCAAGAGGAUGGAAGAUGCACUGGAUCAUUACGUGAUUCGAGGUGUUACACACAACAUUGCAUUGCUUCGAGAAGUGAUAAUCAACUCACGCUUUGUGAAAGGAGACUUCAGCACUAAGUUUCUCUCGGAUGUGUAUCCUGAUGGCUUUAAAGGACACAUAUUAACGCAGAGUGAGAGAAGCCAGCUGUUGGCCAUCGCGUCAUCACUGUUUGUGGCAUCCCAGUUACGAGCCCAACACUUUGAAGAGCAUUCAAGAGUGCCAGUUAUUAAACCAGACAUGGCUAAGUGGGAGCUCUCAAUAAAACUGCAUGACGAAGAGCAUAAUGUCAUAGCAUCAAACAGUGGGUCAACAUUUUCUGUGGAAGUUGAUGGGUCGAAAGUGAAUGUGACCGGUACGUGGAACCUGGCGUCCCCCUUGCUGUCUGUCAGCGUUGACGGCGCGCCGAGGACCGUGCAGUGUCUUUCUCGAGAAGCAGGUGGGAAUAUGAGCAUUCAGUUUCUUGGUACAGUGUAUAAGGUGCGUGUCUUGACCAAACUCGCAGCAGAGUUGAACAAAUUUAUGCUGACAAAAGUGGCCGAGGACAGCAGCAGCAUUCUGCGCUCCCCGAUGCCUGGCGUGGUGGUGGCCGUGUCUGUCAAGCCUGGAGACAUGGUGUCAGAAGGUCAAGAAAUCUGUGUGAUGGAAGCUAUGAAAAUGCAGAAUAGUAUGACAGCUGGGAAAACUGGCAAGGUGAAACUGGUCCAUUGCAAGCCUGGAGACACAGUUGGUGAAGGAGACCUUCUUGUGGAGAUGGAGUGAAACAUCUAGAGCCUUGUGGUCAUCCCACUUUAGUCAGUCAUUUGUGUUCUCGGCACUGGCUUUUGUCCGGUGUCCUACAGGAGCACUCCUGUGCAGCACACUCUAUGUCACAUUUACCCCUCAGAAGAGGCAAAGCCGACAUUCUGCCAAAAAUCACCAAUGGAAAUUUUUAUGGAUAUAAAUACUUGUACAUAUGAUUUAUACUUCUGCUGUGAGAUUUCCUAGUGUCAAAAUUAAAUCAAUAAAACCAAGCAUUUGUCUAAA